GCAUAGAUUCAUCCGAGGAGCACCAAAAACCUUCUUAAAAUGAUCAUCUGGGAACUGGAAAAGUGGAACCUUCUUUCUCAGGAGCCCCUGUGGCUACGUGCACCUUCCCUUUUAUCGGUUCUCCAGAAUUAAAAAAAAAAAAAAAUCUUUCGCUGUCUUUCCCUCUUCUUUUUCUCCGACCAAAUCCUGAUCUCUGCUGUCCUGUUUCUCCCUCCCCAACCUCCCACCCUUUCCAUUAGCUUCCAUCCCGGCCAAAUCCCCUGCCGUCCAGGCGCGGGAACAUGGAAGCGAGCCACCUCACCGUCGCGACGGCGUUCUCAGACUCGGACAACGGCAGCAGUGUCUGCUUCGGCGAGGCCGUCCCCGCACCGGCGGACUCCCCUGCCGCCGACUUGGAGGCCCUCCGCCGCCUCUCCGACAACCUGAGCUCCGUCUUCCAGUCGCCGGACUUUGAAUUCUGUACCGACGCCCGCAUCUCCGUAGCCGGCAGCCCCCCGCGGGAGGUCGGCGCCCACCGUUGUGUGCUCUCCGCCCGGAGUCCCUUCUUCCGCGAGGUGUUCGCGAAGCGGGAGAAAGGGGUGCCGGCGAAGCUGGAGCUCAGGGAGCUGGUGAGGGACUUGGAGGUCGGGUACGAGGCCCUGAUGGCGGUCUUGGGGUACCUCUACAGCGGGAGGGUGGGCUCGCUCCCGAGCAUGGUCUGUAGGUGCGUCGACGAGGAGUGCUCUCACGAGGGCUGCCGGCCCGCCGUUGAUUUCGUGGUCGAGGUGCUCUAUGCUUCCUUCACCUUCCAGAUCUCCGAGCUGGUCAACCUGUUCCAGCGGCACCUUCUUGAUAUUCUUGAAAAGGUGGCUAUAGAUGACAUAUCGGUGAUUCUAAAUGUUGCAAAUCUGUGCAGUAAGUCUUGUGCCAGAUUGCUGAGCAAAUGCAUUGAAAUAGUAGUGAAGUCAGACCUGGACACUGUCACACUUGACAAGGCAUUGCCUCCAGAUAUUGUCAAGCAAAUAAUAGAUUUACGGUUAAGUCUUGGAUUAGUUGGACCUGAAAACAGUGGCUUUCCUGAUAAACAUGUGAAGAGAAUACAUAGGGCUCUUGAUUCAGAUGAUGUUGAAUUAAUCAGAAUGUUACUAAAGGAGGGGCACACCUCCUUAGAUGAUUCAUACGCACUGCAUUAUGCUGUAGCACAUUGUGACUCGAAAAUCACUACAGAGCUUCUGGAUCUUGGACUUGCAGAUGUUAAUCACAGAAACCGAAGGGGUUAUACUGUACUUCACAUAGCUGCGAUGCGUAAAGAACCAAAAAUUAUUGUGUCGCUUCUAACAAAGGGAGCUAGACCAUCUGAUCUAACAUUAGAUGGAAGAAAAGCACUUCAAAUCUCGAAAAGACUUACCAAGUCUGUGGAUUACAAUAGGUAUACUGAAGAAGGAAAAGCCUCUCCCAAGGAUCGCUUGUGCAUUGAAAUAUUAGAGCAAGCUGAAAGAAGGGACCCACAAAUAGGAGAAGCUUCUGUUUCUCUUGCAAUGGCAGGUGAUGACCUGCGUGGAAGAUUGUUAUACCUUGAGAACCGAGUUGCUCUGGCAAGGGUUUUAUUCCCCAUGGAGGCAAAAGUUGCCAUGGACAUUGCUCAAGUGGAUGGGACUUUGGAGUUCACUCUAGGUUGUACUCCAAACCCUUCAACCACAAACCAGAAGACAUCAGUGGAUUUAAACGAAACACCUUUCAAGAUCAAGGAGGAGCAUCUUGCUCGAAUUAAAGCACUCUCUAGAACAGUGGAACUCGGUAAGCGUUUCUUCCCACGGUGCUCAGAGGUUCUUAACAAGAUCAUGGAUGAUGACUACUCAGAGUUCACUUCUCUCGGUCAAGAUGCCUCGGAAGAGAAAAGGAAGAGAUACCGUGAGCUGCAAGAUGUUCUCACAAAAGCAUUUAGUGAGGACAAGGAGGAAUUUGAUAGGUCUGCCAUCUCAUCUUCAUCAUCAACAUCAUGGUCAAGAAUAUGAAGUUCGCAUCCAGCAGCGGUUUUGUUUGUUAGAUUUGUAAUGUUCUCCAUUCCCUGCUUUUCUUCUUUAAAGCUUGCUUGUUUACUGGGUUUUCUUGGCAUGCCAAGGGGAUUAUUUGUUGCCACAUUCAAAGAAGAUUGACCCUCCCCUCAAAAAUGUUGUUGUAAAUAUAAACGUUUCAUGCACAUAUUUGUUCUCCCAAAA